AUGUCGACAAGCUCGCACGACGAAGGCAAGGACGCACAGCAGUAUGCUGGCAACGUCCAGCGCGAGCACGACCACGCUCGCUUCGCGCAGACUGCGAGCGCCGAGGUACCCCCAGUCCAGACAACCCACGACGCCUCGCCCCCCUCGUACGCCGUCGCGACCCAAGCAGGCGUCCUCAAAGUCGAGAGCGUCAACCGCGUUUGGAGACGCGAUUCCCGCAUCGCCUUGUUCGUCGGUAUCGCCCUUGCAAGCUACAUCUACUCUCUCGACGGGACAACAACGUACCUCUAUGCCGCAGGCGCAACCUCAAGUUUCGGCCAGCACAGCUUGCUUGGAGCCAUCGCGACUGCGCAAGCUAUCGUACUUGCGGUGUCAAAGCCGUUCGCGGCCAAGUUUGCGGACGUCUUUGGUCGCGCAGAGGCCUUCGUCCUCGCUGUUUUCUUCUACUGCCUCGGGUACAUCAUCAUUGCCGCCUGCUCGAACGUCCACACCUAUGCCGCUGGUGCAGUCAUCUACUACGUCGGCUAUGCCGCCCUCCAGAUCCUCAUCCAGAUCGUCAUCGCCGACUGCACCAACCUUCGCUGGCGCGGCCUGAUCUCGUCCCUCACCUCGGUCUGGUUCUUCGUCAAUGCGUUCGUGUCGGGCAAUAUCGCGCAGGGCGUGCUGGCGACGUCGAACUGGCACUGGGGCUACGCCAUGUUCAUUAUCCUCAUCCCCGUCACCCUCUCCCCGAUUAUCAGCACGCUCCUCUGGGCGCAAAUCCGGGCCAAGCGCCUCGGACUCGAUGCAACGGACCUCGUCGAAGAGCACGGCGGAACGAUUGCGAAGGCAAAGGAUACUCGGCCUCUAGGGAAGCGGAUGCUCUCGUGGGCUCUCGACAUCGACGCACUCGGUCUCCUCCUCUUCGGCGCCGGCUGGGCCUGCAUCCUCCUCCCUCUCACCCUCGCAAACAAAGGCACUCUCUGGUGGACCUCCUACAAGAUUAUCGUUCUCCUCGUCGUUGGCGGACUCACGCUCAUCACUUUCGUCGCCUACGAACGGUUCGGAGCGAAGAAACCAUUGUUUCCGUUCAGGUUCUUUAGAUCGCCGACGGUGUUGGCGUGCGCGUUGAUCGGGUUCUUUGAUUUUGUGUCGUUCUACCUCCAGUACACCUACCAAUACUCCUUCAUCGCCGUCGUCAAGGACUGGUCGGUGAAAGAUCAAGGUUAUUUCGCAUACACACAAUCCCUUUCUCUCACGCUCGGCGCAAUCCUUGCUGGCUUCUACCAGCUCUACUUUCGUCGUACCAAGUGGCUUCUCCUCUUCGGCCUCCUCGUCCGCCUCCUCGGCGUCGGCCUCAUGAUUCACUCCAAAGGCGCCCACGGCUCCACCGCCGAACUCGUCAUCGUACAGGUCCUCCAAGGACUCGGCGGCGGAAUUGCUUCGGCCUCGACACAGCUUCUCGCACAGGCUAGCGUGCCGCAUCAGGAUGUGGCGACUGUGACGGCGUUUGUGUUGUUGUUUGCGGAGAUUGGGAAUGCGGUUGGUACGGCCAUCGCAACCGCCAUCUGGCGCGACUGGAUGCCUCGCGAACUCGCCUCACACCUCACGGGCAUCCUCUCCUCCACCGAAAUCGCCUCAGUUUUUGGAUCAAUCACUACCGCCGUCACGUACCGCGGGACGAACGACGCGGCGUACGAUGGGAUUGUUGGGGCGUAUACGGAGACGAUGAAGAUUCUGCUCAUUGCGGCGACUGCUAUCGCUGUCGUCCCGCCUUUCCUUGCUCUCAUGGUCAGCAACAUCAAGCUCAGCAACGACCAGAACGCAGUCGAGGGAGAAGACCUUGCUGGACGUCCGACGGAUGCGAGGCGGGAGAAGGACGCGGAUUUGGCCUGA